CACACACUUCCCGCAGAUUUCCCAGAGCUUUGAAGACUUAAAACCACCGUAAGAUAAUUACGUUUGGAAUUAAAAGACCACUACAUGUGAAAGCACAAGUUUUAUCCAAAAGGGGAUCUUUUGUGAUACUAUUUUGGAUGCUUCUUUUGGUUUGCUCCUGGUUGUGGUUAUCAUCUCAUUCCUGUUGCUCCAAAAAACAAAGAAACCACAGUGUCAGCGCAACAGGGAUCUGACAGGUCGGGAGUGUCCUCAAUGAAAGUCCAGUCCCGAGUAAAUUACAGUAGUUGAGGACAAGGAACAAGAUGACCAUCCACGUCGAGGGUAUCGUGGCCAUUGUUGUUUUUUACCUGGUGAUUCUCUUUGUGGGCAUUUGGGCCGCGUGGAAGAACAAGAACUCGGGAGUUGGUGAUGGCGGGGAACGGAGCGAGAGCAUCAUGGUUGGAGGCCGGGACAUUGGCUUGUUUGUGGGCGUGUUCACAAUGACCGCUACAUGGGUUGGUGGGGGAUACAUUAAUGGGACAGCUGAGUAUGUCUACUUGCCUGACUACGGCUUGGCUUGGGCACAAGCACCCUUUGGAUAUGCUCUUAGUCUGGUACUAGGUGGUCUGUUCUUUGCCAAACCCAUGCGUUCACGAGGCUACGUCACCAUGCUGGAUCCUUUCCAACAUCUCUAUGGAAAGAGAAUGGGGGGUCUUCUCUUCAUCCCCGCCGUCAUGGGAGAAAUCUUCUGGUCUGCGGCCAUUUUAUCUGCUCUCGGAGCUACUCUGAGUGUGAUCGUGGACAUAAACAUCAACAUGUCAGUGAUGAUCUCAGCCCUGAUUGCUAUCUUCUACACCCUUGUGGGAGGACUCUACUCUGUGGCAUACACAGAUGUAGUUCAACUCUUCUGCAUCUUUGUGGGUUUGUGGAUCAGCGUGCCUUUUGCAUUAUCCAAUCCUGCCGUGUCAGACAUCACCGUGACAGCCAAGGAGGCAAUCUACCAGUCACCCUGGCUGGGGAAGAUUGAUCCUGCAGAUAAAUGGCUGUGGGCAGAUAAUUUCUGUUUGCUGAUGUUGGGGGGGAUUCCCUGGCAGGUCUAUUUUCAACGGGUUCUUUCUGCCUCUUCAGCUACCUACGCCCAGGUCCUUUCCUUCCUCGCUGCCUUUGGCUGUUUGGUCAUGGCCGUGCCCUCUGUCCUCAUAGGAGCUAUAGGGGCCUCCACUGACUGGAACCAGACUUCUUAUGGGGCCCUCCCUCCAAAGGACAAGGAUGAAGCCGACAUGAUUCUUCCCAUAGUGCUUCAGCACCUUUGCCCACCUUACGUCUCCUUCUUUGGUCUGGGGGCAGUGUCUGCAGCAGUCAUGUCAUCUGCAGAUUCCUCAAUUCUCUCAGCCAGCUCCAUGUUUGCGAGGAACAUCUAUCAACUUGCUUUUCGACAGUCGGCCUCAGAUGGUGAAAUUGUCUGGGUGAUGCGCCUCACAAUCUUUGUUAUCGGAGCCCUUGCCACUGCCAUGGCGUUAUUAACAGGAACUGUGUACGGCCUGUGGUACCUCAGCUCGGACCUGGUCUAUGUCAUCGUCUUUCCACAACUUCUAAGUGUCCUUUUCGUCAAAGGAACUAAUACUUACGGCUCAGUGGCUGCCUAUGUCUUUGGUCUUUUGCUACGAAUUGGUGGAGGUGAACCGUACCUGAAACUCCCUCCUUUCAUCUAUUACCCUGGAUGGGUUACCCAGGAGAAGAUCCACCGUCUCACUGGGGAGGUCGAGUACUUUGUCCAGCAGAGGUUCCCUUUCAAGACUGUGUCAAUGGUGGCAUCCUUUUUAGCAAAUGUGGCAUUUUCCUACCUGACAAAGUACCUAUUCGAAAGCGGAACGCUGUCACACAAGUACGAUUUCCUCGAUGCCGUGAUCUCCAAGCACAGCAAAGAGAUCAUGGACAAGACCACGCUGGUGAGCCAUGAUAACAUCAUCCUUUCUGAGAUUGCACCUGUCAAACAAGCCCUGGGUGCAUCCCUCGCGGGGACCUUCAUGAACAGAGAGGUCCUGAGUGAUGACGAAGUGUCAAGUCCUGAGGAUUUUAAAACUGAAAACUAGGCAUACAAGGCACAACAGGAAUUCAUUCUUUUCAAACUCUCUACUGCCACGCUUCGGAGUCAGACCAGUGGAGCUCUGCAAUGGCUUCCAGGUACUUUCACAUAUUUUAUUUGAUGGAGGUUCAGAAAGCCCAUUUCCAAGACUUGUCCUUCCGAGUCAGAUGUCCAGAGGUGAGACCAGAUUCUUACCUUUCGAGAUCAUAUAACAGGACCGUCUCCAGAUCGUGCAGGUCCAAUGUCCUGUCAUCAUAUUUGUCCACAAAUGUAUAAUACAAUUAAAAUUGUUGCUUUCUGUAAUCCAAUUUUGUGUAAAACAGUAUUUCCAAAUCAAAAGAUGUCCAAAUGUAAUGAUCUGCGUGGCUCGAGGACACACACGGUGUCCUAACAAUGCAACCAUCUUUGGCUUUGGAUUUUCAUCAGGAAUGUUCACUAUUUGUGUUAAAUUGUAAAGAAAAUAAUCCCUCUACAAUCAUAUUUAAGUGCUGCUACUUGUAGGGUUUAAGGGAGGACAAUGAGAUAUUGCAGGAUUUUUGGUUGAUGAGGCUAGUGCAAUACUUUAACACAGAAUUGGCUUUUUGUUUAGCUGUACAAUUGUUUGUUUAUAUGUACUGUAUGUUCAAAGACAUUCAACAAAUGUCUCGACUUCCUAAGAAUCAUUUGCAUUGAGAAAGUGUGUGAAUAGAGCAAUAAUAUUUUUAAUAUCUAUAUUGUACAGAUAUAUAUGUGCAGGUUAUAGACAGUGGGUUUUAUGCUCUUAGUCACAUUGUGACCUCAUAUGAACAAAGGCGUGACAAUAUACAAACCUCGGUUUUCAAGCACCCCUGCUCUCGUAUGAUUCGGUUUUUGACGAAAAUGUUGCCUCGGUUCUUGCACACUGUCUCAGUUAUCGUACAAUAUUGUGUGUAACAAACUGUUGUAUUAGGACGUAGAUGGCAUUGCUUGUUUAUUCACCCAACACCAAAUUUCAUGCUACUUAGUUGACACAAUACUACGGUAUCCUGUAAGGCACAUUCAUUUGGCAAACUCAAACACAAACUAGUCUGCUUGAUCUGUACCGUAUCAUUCCGUGGAAUUGAGUGCACUGCGUGAUUCCAGCUGUGUUCGUAACGUGUCUUUAUUACAAAGCGUGCCUGUUAGCCUGCUCUCCUCAUUGUCCCCCAGCUCCGUCGCCCCUCGUAACGCCAUCACCGAUUGGCUCUGUGGUUCUUUGUUAACUAACAGUUACACCACAAGUCUCUACUUUUUUUAUUGAGUACGGCUAAAAGAUGACCCACUAUAGGGCCAAAGAAAGUUUAAUGUGUCAGCGCUUUGACAGGAAGGUGAGAAACACUAUUGAGCACGACGGCGGUGUCCGUUCGCCGUUCGCCAUCUACAGUAUGUCCCAACACUCGUCAUUUAUGUGUAUUUGGCAUUGUUUUAUGGAGAUGAUAAAUGAUAGUUAUUCUCUUUAACUGUUUGCCCAGAAUUCAUUGGAUUUACAUAAUUUCUUAUGGGAAAAAUGGAUUCGCUUUUCAUACGAUUCACUUUUUGAUCAGACUGACAAUGAAAACUGCGGUACCACUAGAUUCAAUUUCAUUUAGUUUUUAAUAUAUAUGUAUGUAUAUAUAUAUAAUUAUAUAUAUAUAUAUA